AUGGCUACAACCACUAAUGAUAUUGUCCAGCUUAAUGCUCCAUCUAAUUUCCCUAUCAAACUCACCUCCAUCAACUUUCCUAUCUGGAGACGCCAAGUUCAGUUCAAACUGAUUGGCUUUAAUCUCUUCGGAUACGUCAACGGUUCUAUCAAAGAACCAACUAAGUUUACUGAUACUGCACAAACAACUCCUAACCAGGCACACUUAACUUGGUAUCGCCAAGAUCAGAUAAUCACCAGCGCCUUACUUGGGAGUUGUUCAGACACUAUUCAACCCCUUAUAGCAUCCGCCUCAACAGCAUCUGAUGCCUGGCAACAGCUCGUUGCUAACUACGCUAGUGCCUCCCGAGGACGAAUCAUCUCCCUCAAGGCUAAGCUUUCCAGGAACCCGAAGGGUAGUCCAUCAGUCACCGCGUUUUUGAGCGACAUGCGGUCUAUAGCUAACAAUCUCGCCCUGGCUCAAUGUCCUGUUUCAGAUGAAGACAUGGUUGUGUACGUUUUAACACAACCAGGAGACGAGUAUAGUUCUAUCGUCUCUGCAGUUCGUAUCCGUGACAAGCCCAUUCCGUUGUGGGGAAUUAGCUGA